GUGAGAUGGAACGUUGGCAGCGUCAUUUUGGUGAGAGGAUGCAUGUAUAUAAGGGAGGUUGAUGCCCGUUCAUCUGGGGUUUAUCAUCAGCAACACAAUAAUUGAUUAUUACGACUUGAAUCUCAAAUCACCUCUACAGUCUAUCUACUUUAUUAUACCACCUCUGAACAACAAACACUCAACAAAAUGCGUCUCUCCUCAAUAUCUCUCGCCCUGGUCCUCGCUCCCCUCGCUAUCGCAACCCCCAACCUCGCAGCAGAAAGCAACGAUGCGAUCACCAAGCGCAGCCCAAUGCCCAUGAAGCCCCUAAGCUCAUCAGCACACGUCCUCGCUCGCUCACCUCAAGACAACGAUGAAGUCUGCAGCAGCGACCAGAAGCGCUGCGGCGACGCCUGCGUGGACCAGGACUACACCUGCUGCCCUGACGAUGUGUCUGGUGGAUGUCCCAGCAAUGAAGAGUGCCAAAGGGACAAUGGCAAAUGGGGAUGCUGUCCUGAUGGGGACGACUGCAGCUGGGACGAUGACGAUGACGAUGACGAUGAUAGCUUUGUGGACCGUGUGAAGGACGGUGUCAAUGACGUUGGGGAUGACAUUAAGGAUACAUGGGAUGAUAUCUGGGAUGACGAUGAGGAUGCUGCUGGCAUGUUGAAGCCUGGUGCUGGGGCUGCACUGGUUGCUGCGCUUGCUGUGGCUUUUAUCCCCUUAUGAGCUGAGGUGGACCUUUGAGACGAUUGAGGAUGGGCGUUCGGAUUGUUAUUGUACUUUUAUUUUACUUUGUGUUUAUAUAGCCAGAGCUGCAUAGACCACGUUUGUUAAUAGGCCUCGACCGAGUUUACACUUCCG